AUGCAUGUUUUUUUUCUUGUUCAUCUAUAUGUAUGUGUACACUUUUCACCAUUACAAUUAAAUUCUGAAUUAGAAAGAUGCCAUAAAAAAUGUCAUGAUUUGCUUAAAAUGGAUGAUGAUUGGGGUAAAAAGUGGUUAAAUAAACUAAUUAAAGAAACAGACAAUGUAUCUUAUCCAAAUUUUCGUUAUUUAUUAGUUUUCUUGGCAACAUUGCCUGUACCAACAGCUUCUGCUGAAAGAAGUUUCAGUCAACUAUCGAGAAUUAAAAGUUAUUCUCAGGCUACAAUGAAGCAAAAUAGACUCAACAAACUUGCUGCUGCAAACAUUCAUAAAGAUCUCGAUAUAAAUCCGGAUGAAAUAUUGAAAUUUUACACACAAAUGCAUCAUCGUCGUCUUGACUUUGGUGUUUUAAUUUGA